CGGCGCGUGUGCGGCCGCCUCAUGUCGUGGCUGUUCGGGCUGAACCGCGGCGGGGCCCCGGCGGGCGGCGGCGACGCGGCCCCGGGCGCCUCCGGGCUGUCCCUGCCGCCCGGCCCGCCAGGAGCAGCAGCAGGGGGAGCGGCCCCGGGGAGCGGCCCCGGCGAGCGUCAGGGGCCCAAGGACAAAUGGAGCAACUUCGACCCCACGGGCCUGGAGCGAGCGGCCAAGGCGGCGCGGGAGCUGGACGCGUCCCGCCAUGCAAAAGAUGCUCUCAGUCUUGCCCAGAUGCAAGAGCAGACUUUGCAGCUGGAACAGCAAACAAAGCUGAAGGAGUAUGAAGCUGCCAUAGAGCAGCUGAAGAAUGAGCAGAUCCGGGUGCAAGCAGAAGAGAGAAGAAAAACACUCAGUGAAGAAACAAAGCAGCAUCAAGCACGAGCCCAAUACCAGGACAAGUUGGCACGGCAGCGCUACGAUGAGCAGAUGCGACAGCAGCAACUUGUGAAUGAAGAGAAUCUGAGGAAGCAGGAGGAGUCAGUGCAGAAGCAGGAGGCCAUGAGGCGUGCCACUGUGGAGCGGGAGAUGGAGCUGAGGCACAAGAACGAGAUGCUGCGUGUGGAGGCAGAGGCGCGGGCGCGCGCCAAGGCCGAGCGCGACAACGCCGACAUCAUCCGGGAGCAGAUCCGCCUCAAGGCCGCCGAGCACCGCCAGACCGUGCUGGAGUCCCUCAGGACAGCUGGGAUGCUCUUUGGGGAAGGAUUUCGUGCUUUUGUAACAGACUGGGAUAAAGUCACAGCCACGGUGGCAGGCCUGACCCUGCUGGCAGUGGGUGUUUACUCUGCCAAGAAUGCCACAGCAGUGGCAGGGCGGUACCUAGAAGCCCGUCUGGGCAAACCUUCCCUGGUGAGGGAAACCUCGCGGCUCACUGUGCUGGAGGCACUGAAGCAUCCCAUCCAGGUUGGAAAACGUCUCACCAGUAAGGCUCAGGAUGCCCUUGAAGGAGUUGUUCUCAGUCCCCAGUUGGAAGCACGUGUGAGAGACAUUGCCAUAGCAACGAGAAACACGAAAAAGAACAAAAGCUUAUACAGGAAUAUUCUUAUGUAUGGUCCUCCUGGCACUGGAAAGACUCUCUUUGCCAAGAAACUAGCCGUGCACUCGGGCAUGGAUUACGCCAUCAUGACCGGCGGCGACGUGGCCCCUAUGGGGCGGGAAGGAGUCACUGCCAUGCAUAAGCUCUUUGACUGGGCAAACACCAGCAGGAGAGGCCUCUUGCUCUUCGUGGAUGAGGCGGAUGCGUUUCUGCGGAAGAGGGCAACAGAGAAAAUCAGUGAAGAUCUCAGAGCCACUUUAAAUGCAUUCCUGCACAGAACAGGCCAGCACAGCAACAAGUUUAUGCUUGUUUUAGCAAGCAACCAGCCUGAGCAGUUUGACUGGGCCAUCAACGACCGCAUCGAUGAGAUGGUGAACUUCGACCUGCCCCAGCUGGAGGAGCGGGAGCGGCUGGUCAGGAUGUACUUCGAUAGGCACGUCCUGAAGCCAGCCACAGAGGGCAAACAGCGUCUGAAGCUGGCCCAGUUUGAUUAUGGGAAAAAGUGCUCAGAAAUUGCCAGGUUGACAGAGGGCAUGUCUGGCAGAGAGAUCUCUCAGCUGGCUGUGGCAUGGCAGGCUGCAGCUUAUGCCUCCGAGGACGGCGUCCUCACCGAGGCCAUGAUCGAUGCCCGGGUGGCUGAUGCUGUGCAGCAACACAAGCAGAAGAUGGAGUGGCUGAAGACAGAGGGUGCUGAAGCCAGCAAAGGGACUGGCAGAGACCCACUCCUGCCUUUCCCCAAAGGAGCACUGGUGUGAGAAGGCUGCAGGCUCCAGAGCAGCGGGUGUGGGAGCUGCGAGGGUCCUGGGGGCAAACGUUGGGUGGAAUUGUGUGGAGAGAAACGUGUCCAUUGGUGCAAAGGAGGGGGAGCUGCCUCAGUCUGCCUUUUGAGGUCAUGAUUUUAAAGGGCACCAGUUUAAAUAAGGCAGAUUCAGCUGGAUUAAAGGACCCCCUUGCUGAAACA